AUGUCUGAUCGCGCAAGAGGAGGAAAAGCUAAGGCAAAGGCUAAAUCCCGCUCAAGCCGUGCUGGACUCCAGUUUCCGGUAGGCCGCAUUCAUCGUCUGCUGAGGAAGGGAAACUAUGCGGAACGUAUCGGGGCCGGCGCUCCCGUCUAUCUGGCAGCUGUGAUCGAAUACUUGGCGGCUGAAGUGCUGGAAUUGUCUGGUAAUGCUGCUCGUGACAACAAGAAGACCAGAAUCAUUCCGCGUCACCUCCAGCUAGCCAUCCGCAACGACGAGGAAUUGAACAAGCUGCUCUCCAGAGUCACGAUUGCUCAGGGCGGCGUUCUUCCUAAUAUUAGUUUCGUACACUUGCACAAAUACCCGGAAAAAAAUAAUUAGUUUUAAUUCUAUGUACAGAAAGAUGAUAGUAAAGUGAU